AUGGAUGACCAUAAAACCCUAACGCAGCCCCAGCCUCAAAAAAGAACUGGCCAUGAGCCUUUUUACAAGCGACUGGAUACCCCACUUAAUACCAGACCAGCCUCGCCAUACACGCUGAAUCCCCCUAUCGACAAUGACGGCUUGUCGUGGCCCUCACUUGGUGCGCGGAACCGUUUGGAAGCUACUCCAGAAGAGGCUGAAGCCAGGGAAAAGAGAAUAGCCUCUGCUGUAAAGACAAUUCUCACUGAAUUGGGAGAAGAUGUUGAACGGGAAGGUCUACUUGAAACACCGGAAAGAUAUGCCAGAGCGAUGCUAUUUUUCACCAAGGGUUAUGAAGACAACAUUAAGGAUGUAAUCAAGAGAGCAGUAUUUGAAGAAGAUCAUGACGAAAUGGUCAUAGUUAAGGACAUUGACGUUUAUUCAUUGUGUGAACAUCACUUGGUACCAUUUUUCGGAAAGGUUCACAUAGGGUAUAUUCCGAACAAAAAAGUUUUAGGAUUAUCAAAACUGGCUAGGUUGGCCGAAAUGUACUCCAGGAGGUUUCAAGUCCAGGAGAGAUUGACUAAACAAAUUGCUAUGGCUGUAUAUGAGAUCCUGAAACCAAGGGGGGUCGCCGUCGUCAUGGAGGCCACUCAUAUGUGCAUGGUUAGUAGAGGAGUCCAAAAAGUUGGGGCAACAACAACUACUAGUUGUAUGUUAGGAUGUUUCCGAUCCCAGCAAAAGACCAGAGACGAAUUCUUGACGUUGAUAAAAUAA